AUGACUCUCAACACCAAACUCAAGCGCAAACCUCUUCCCUCUUCCCCUCCCAAGCCCUCAUCUCCUGUCUCCGAGUCCCUCCCCUCUUCCUCACCUCCCAAAGCUCGAUCUGCCAACGCAAUCCGCAGCUCCUCCAAGAACUGUCCUGUCUGCAAAGCCAUUCUCGUCAACCGCAACGGCAGCCUCGCGCGUCACGUUGAACGCCACGCAAAGCUUGCCAAAAUCGAGGCUAUGAAUAUCGACCUCAACCUUCCCCCAAAGGAAGCUCCUGACUUUGACGUAAAGCUCGCUCAGAAUAUGUGGCAGUCUGUUCCUGCGAGACGUCGCGCCACCGGCGGAGUCUUUCUUGACGGCCCACUAGCUGGAAAAGGCUUCUUUGAGGGUAUGCCGAAUGUUUUUCUCCCGAAUGGACGGGUCAAGCCGAAGUUGGCGUGGAUCAAGAAGGAUCUUGAGUCGCGGGUUGGACGUGGUCCGUUGAGGGCUCUCAAGAACGCCAACGCCAACGCUGGAUCUCUCCUGGACAGUGAGGAUUACAUGGGGAUCUAG